GUGAUGUUUCAUUAAUGACUUUUUUUACCUUUAAGACUUUACUGUCCCUUCGAUGUUACUGAAUUUAUAUAUAAAUUGUAUAAAUAUUUAAAUAAUAGCAGUAUAAUGACUUCUUCACCAGGUAGGAUUCUUUUCUCUAAAUUUUUACUAGGCCGGCAUUAAACUUUCAUUAAAGUAAUUUAAGUUAUUAAUUUAUUAAUUUCACCACGCCAAGAUUCAAGAUUAAACUAAACUUAGUAGGCUCAAGUCUAAGUCGACCAAGUUCACUUACUCAGUCUUAGUAAAACUGAGACUAAGUUGGUAAAUAUAAGUUUAGUAAAUAAGGGCCCAAGUAAACUUAUCCGGUAAGGCAAGGGUCUCAAACUCAAAUCAUCCGGGAGCUUAACGGACUUAACGGGGUAGAGUCUGGGUGAGACUGGGCAGCAUCAAGUCAAGUAGGAGUAGGCUAUACCAGGAAAAAAGCGAUCGUACAACUAUUACUGUUACAAUCUGCUCAACCUUUAUUAAUAACAAAUAAAGACAUUAAGGGUUCUAAAGAACUAGGUUUCACUUUCUUCCCCCUCAUUAAGAAAUUAUUUUUUUCUACAGGUUCUGCAAAAGAAGAAAACCACCUGAUUGAUGUGGCUACUCACACAUUCAUAAUUCCUGAGAAGAAAAUAAAACUCCCUAAUGACAUUCCCACCUGGGAAAAAUCACAGGUAAUUUUUGAAUUAAGUCUGAUAUUAUUUUCUUGACAUUGACAUGUUACGUUUAUUAUUUUUGCUUUUUCGUCGUAACUAAAAUAUUUAGUGUAAAGAAUUUUUUAAUAUUAACCAAUUUAAGAGAUUUACUCAGUGCUCAUAAAUUUGAAAUGUUUAGUUAACUAAAAAUGUUAUUGAACAUAAUUUUCAAUACUAUUUUUUUCACAAAUCAUUAUUGAUGUCCAUCAGGAAUUGUAUUCAGUUAAUUUAGUCUUUGGUACAUAGCCAUACAUAAAACGCAAGUUUGUCACUUAUUUAUGAUGUCUAAGAAUUUUAAUUAAAAAUGUUUUUCUGAUUGGAAAAAAGGAGAUUAAUAGUACAUUAAUAUCUAUUUUAUCUGACAUAUGCUAUAGGCAUAUUCAGAUUUGCUAGGAUUUCUUCUGGCUCUGAAUGAGGCUGUCAAAAAUAAGAAAGUUUCAGACAAAUAUCAUGUGUCACAGGUCAGUGUCUUUAAUCCAUGCAUUAAUUAUUCAUAGUAUUUAUUUAUCAAGUUUUCAAUUAUCGACGUGUCCCAUUUUGUUGUUAAUUACUUUGUUUUUAAGUAAACAGGUAGGUACUUCUGAUGGGGUUAUGUUUUCUUUUUUUUUUUUUUUAAAUAAUGGAAGAAGUUUUUUUUCCUUCCCCAGCUUGUAGAAAAAGUGAUUGUGUUAUUGGAUCAGUUGGAUGUCUGGAUUGAUGAGAUCCCACCGAUUGAACAGCCACAGCGUUUUGGAAACAAAGCUUUUAGAACUUGGUUUAAUAAACUCAAGGAGGUAUAAAGUUUAGGGUGGAAAAAAAAAUAUGCCUUUAAAAUUAUUUUGAAAACCAUUAUAAAGUGAUAUAAUAUGAAUAAAUAAUCAAUUAUUUAGUUAUAUUAUAUUAAGAUUCAUGAAGCUUUUGCUGAAUAAUAAUAUUAAAGGAUUGUUUUCUCCUCUUUACACCCACACGUUUGAUAACAAUUUUUUAAGAAACAAGAUAAUUUGUCAUUCUUAACAUUAUUCAUUUAUAGUUAGAACCUUACAUUAAUGACAAUAGUUGCUGCGAAGGUACAUGUUUGGGCUAACUUAUUAACAUUUAAACUCAUAGAAAGCUUCUUUUGAGUCAAGAUAUUUCUUCAAAAUCAAUUCUACUUAUUAAAAUGCGGUUUCCUAUUUUGUCAAAAUGUUGUUUGGUUUUUUUUUCUUUUUGGAUCCAGGAAGGACAAACUCUAAUAAAACAGACCUUACCAUCAGAAUAUGAGCCAGCCAUACCAGAAAUAUUUACUUACCUUAUAGAAAGUGUUGGCAAUGACACACGUAUUGAUUAUGGCACAGGUACUGUUAUAUCCAAAAAGAAUAUAAUUGCACAGUUAGUACUAGUUGUUUUUUUUCCUUUAUAAGCAACUAGACGUUUUAAUUACGAGCAAAGCAAAUUUUUUUUUUUUUAAAAUUAUAAAUGAUAUAAAAUGAUAAAGUAAGUGAUUUAACUCUCAUUUGAGAGAUAAGCCCAUGGUUUAGAUGUGGUGUAAUUUGUAAAGCUUGACCCACAGCUAUGGAUUUAGUCAUAUAUGGUAGACCCUUUGGAUAUAAUAUUGUAGAAGAUAUGGAUAUAAUAUAGUAGACCAGAUAAAAUCUAAUAUGUUAGACAAGAUGGGUUUCAUACGGUAACUGGGUAGUCUUAUACCUACAUGGAUUCACAUAACACCAAGGGAGUGUUGGAGGCAGUGCCAGGAUUGCAAAAGUACAAAUAAAAUGGGGUUUAAAAAAAGGGGUGGGGGGAAGCAAGUUUAUUUGGAUUUAAUUAGCAGUAGCAUAUGUUUAAAACUUACUGGUAGAGCCAAGAGCACCCUUUUCAGUUUUAAAUACAAAUAAGGAUUUUAGGAUUUGUAUUCAUAAACAUCCCUAAGCUGUACCAGUAAUAAUAAUAUGUCAUAAUAAGCUGUAGUCCCUAAGCUUUUCUUGACCAAAAGUUCAAACAUUGAUGAGCUUGAAUAUCCACUCACAUAAAAAAAAGUGCAAAUAUAUAAGGUUAAUGUUAGAGUCAAGAAUUGAAAUUUCUUUACAGAAUUUAGUUAUUUAUCUUGGUACUUAUAAGUGGGUGCAUUAAAUUUAUAUAAUUACUCAAAAAAUUGUUUGAAAAGUAAUAAAUCGGGCAAGAAAAGAAAAUGUCAGCCACCGCAUUAGAAAUAUCUAAAUGUAUUGGAAUGGUUAUGAUCAUUAUAUGUUUUAAUGCAAUAUAUUAAACUUAUAUGGUCUGGUUUUAUUGUGGUUUAUUGAAUAGUACCUAAUGUAAUUAUGAAUUUCAAAGUGGCUAUUGUUAGAGGUUAUAAACUAUUUCAAACUAUAAUAUUCAGGUUCACAUUAUGUUAAACCAGAGAAAUUCGACACAAUUUAUACUAAGAUGUAAUUAUAUGCUUCUCCUUUUGUCCCAGAAAAAUUGAUCCUUUUUAUUUCCCCCAUUUAAAAAUGUUACAAUUAGCUAAUGGGAACAUAUUUUAUUCUUAUUUGUAUAACAGGUCAUGAGCUUUCAUUUGUGGCAUUUCUCUGCUGUUUGUGUAAAAUAGGGGCCUUUAGUAAUAAUGACUACACAGCCCUAGUACUUCGAGUGUUUGAAAGGUAACAGUAAAAAAAUUAAAAAUUAAUAAUUAACCUCAGUUUUUCAUGUACUAUUCAUUAUUUGUUAUUUCCCUUUUUUUAAUUGUUAGAUGUCCCAGGUAAACAAUCUGUUCACGUUUGUUUUUUUGAAAGUUCAAAAACUUAAUUUUUCAACCUGAGAUAAUCAACGCUGCUCCAUUUCUUGUGACUAUCAUUUGUGAUUUAUAAUAGAGCUGUUAUUAAAUAUGAUUAUUUGUUUAAUUACUAACAUUUGAUUUUAUUUUCCUGUUGUGGAAUGUUGUUUAAUGUACGGGUCAUAAAGGAAAUUAAAACUCUAUAAUUUUUUUUUAAACAAAGAGAAAGAAAACAACCAAAUGAAUUAAAGUAAUUUUAUUUAGAGAUUUUUGGUUGUAUAAGCCAUAAAAUACUUUUGCACGUAGAGUUCAUCAUCAUUCCCAUGAAUCGGUGUAAGAGAACCAACAUGAUAAAGCUAUCAAGUCUUUAAAGCAGCCUGUGGUUUGCACUAAAAUAUAAUUUUUUGUAUGCAUUUUAAAAUUUUCAAUGUCAGAAAAAUAUGAGACAUUGCUAAGGAUGGUUUGUGAUUUUCUUGAAAUUAAAUGCUGCAUAUUCGAUCUGCAUUUUUUUUUUCUUUCAUGUCCCUCUUUCAAUCCUCAGAUACAUGAAUCUCGUGCGAAAGUUGCAGCUGACCUACAGGAUGGAACCAGCUGGAAGUCAUGGUGUUUGGAGCCUGGAUGACUAUCAGUUCCUUCCUUUUCUCUUGGGGAGUUCACAACUUUUGGGUAACCGCAAUAUUCCAUAUACAUGCAUGGAUAGUGAACAAUAAUUGUUACAAUUUUUAUUCCAGGUGGGGGGGGGGGGGCGACGACUUUGAACGUUUGUAUUGCUAGGAAUUGAUCAUCACUCAGCAGAGAAACCUACUGUGGGACAGACACAAAGAAUUUGGCAGUGAAAAUGACUUGAUUAAUGAUUUAAACUAUCCAAACUUUUCCAUUAUGUGAUCUAAACAGUUUUGCACACUACAGAUAAUUCACAAAACACAUGUUUUCAAAGGCUAUUUUCACAUGUCCAAGAAAUAUAGCUCCAUUAUUUCAUUUUUGAAUGUUUUUUUUUUAUGAAACAUAUUUUAUGAAAAUGUAAAUUGCACCUAUCAACCAUGUCCUGCGUCCAAUAUGUGCAGAAGAAGUCUUUUCAUGGCCCACACAAAUAUUCAUUGAGUUCAAAGAACCACAACUAGCCUCUUCAGGUGCACUAAGAAGUAAAAUAUCAUGGUUUUAUCAUGAACUACCUAAAAGGUUCCCUUUAUUUUUUUUUCAACUACAUCUAGAUCACCCAAGAAUUAAACCCAAGUCUUUCCCCAAUGAGGAUAUCUACAAUGGAUUCUUCAAAGAAUUUAUAUUCCUUAGUGCUAUCAAAUUCAUCAACCAGGUCAGUUGCUGAAUGUUGUGUAUGAUUGUGUCAUUUUUUUUUUUUUUUCAUUUUCACCACAAAAUUUUGAACCCCCCCCCCCCCCCCCCCCCUUAUAAAAUUCUGGCCCGCAUUGCAAGCAAAAAUGGAAAGGAUUUGAGUAAAUUCAGUGUUUUUUUUAAAAUAAAUUUCUUUUAUUUUUAUCAUUUUCAAGAGUUACAUUACUAAUUAUUAAGGGAAUAACUAAAAGAAACACCGGGCUGGUCACCAUUGGAAGAACGACGAUGACUAUCCAGGCUCUCCAUGUUGUACAGAUCAAAAAUGGGAUGAUUCACUGCUCCAGCAUUAAACAGAAACUGGUCCAUCUCCCUCCUAGACAGUGACGAGGCCAUGACAGGCAGUUCCGGCUAAUAAAAACAAGAACUUGGUACAGGAGCUGCUCAUUCCUGCCAAAGACAAUAGGGGGACUGGAACAAGCUUUCAAAAACAUCAGUUGAGGCGACUACAUUUGACACAUUUGCGUCUGUUGCCUCCCGUCUUCCAACCCCAAGUUCAUAAUACCACUGCUGUGUAGCCCUUGCAACCAGUGAAGUAUCCCCUUUAAAACCUUGCAGAGUAACAUCGCAAAUCCCUCUGAAACAUAGGAGUAGGAGCCAGAAUGAUCCAUUUAUUGAUCGUGGUUCCUCAAAAUAUAUAAGAACAAGAAGAAAAAAGGAAUCCAAGUAUUUACCUUUAAAGCAUUAGUUAUAUAGCCUGUCAAAUGUGACGUUAGAAUAAAAAAUGCUAGAAAGUUAUAAACUAAAAUAAUAUGAGAUGAUUUUAGGGGAUGUGAAUUUAGUAAUGGUUUUUCAUUUAUGUUUUAAAAGACAGUUACUUUAGUUGGACAUUUAGUGCAUAUCUAAAAUUAUAUUUUUGAUUCUCACAUGUAGCAGAUAUAUUGCUCAUAAAAUUUGUGUAGAGUUCUUUUCUGUCUCAAAGUGUAAGCCUUAAAACUUUGUAGCAUUCUAUGCCUCCAGUCAAAUUUUCCUUUUUGUGCAAAAAAUAAUUAAUUGUACCUCACUCUCCUUAUAGUGCUCUUGCGAUAAUUUUAACUUGUUAAGAGUAUGUGAUGAUAUGAGGACUAGACCAGAGGCUGAUAUUGCUGUAUGCAAUUUUCAAAAUGUCCUUUCACUUAUCAACCAGUUGAAGUAGAGUUAAUCAUUUACAUUUAUUUAUUUAUUUUUUUUAAUGUUAAAGGUGAAGACAGGUCCCUUUGCGGAGCACUCCAAUCAACUGUGGGGUAUCAGUGGUGUGGCCACAUGGUCAAAAGUUAAUUCAGGCCUCAUUAAAAUGUACAGAGCCGAGGUAAGACUUUGGUUUGUCACCAGAUUAAAUCCCUCAGCUCUUCACAGAAUGUGUUCAAGUGAGGGCUUUAACAAUGCAUCUCUGACAUGCUUGUUUCCAUUUCAGUGAGUUAAAAAAUUAUAACCUUUUCAAUGGUCGUCACUAGAAGAUCCUGAGCUGCUCUCAGCUGUUCUCUGAACCACGUCCUGCAUCCAAUAUGUACAGAAGAGUUCUGAUUCACUAACAGGAUAAUGGUUUAUUUAUAGACUAUUACAUUUGAUGUUUGUCAUAAUCAUAAUGUCAUUUACAAUUAGAUUAUAUGUGAGUUUUAUGUCACUUUACUUAAGUAAUCUAUUUUACAGGUUUUGGCCAAGUUUCCAAUAGUGCAACACUUCCUGUUCGGCAGUCUUCUUACCCUUGAUCCUGCGCCCAACCCCCCGCCCGAACUAGAGAUCAUGCCCUUACCCACCACAACCGGUCGACCUCUGAUGGCUGAUUCAGUGAUGCCCCCACCAAUGUCGGCUCCGUGGGCACGCUUUGGUGUGAACAUGCCUCCAUCUGGUGUGGCCAUGUCACCUCCGCCGUCUGCCUCUAUGCAUCGGCCCAGGCCACCGUUUCAAUAGUGCUGCCAUGAACCGAAGGAUUCACUUAACAGGGGGGGUGCAUUAAGAUGGUCAGCAUUAACUGUGUUGUACCCUUCUGUCAGAAGUAGGAGAUGGCAUUUGAUUGUUAUACCCUUCUGUCAGAAGUAGGAGAUGGCAUUUGAUUGUUGUACCCUUCUGUCAG